AUGACGUCACAUCCCAACUUGGGCGGCGGUGCGGAGGCGCACGCCCGGAACAGGCAGUACGAGUACACGUCCAACUCCAGCCUGGUGGUGACCACCGGCUCUCGAUCAAGUGACACGCACGAGCCCACCGGCGAGCCGGAGUCGCUGCGGGGGAGGGUAGACCCUAAGAGCUUCGGCGAUAGGGUUUGCAGGGGAAGACCGGAGGGUGAGAUUGGGAAGAAGCGCGACGGUGAUGGUGGAGGUGGAUCAAUUCGCCGGAAACGGCGUCGUGUUGAGGAGGAGAAGAGUGUGCUUAGUGAGACGGAGGAAGGUGUGUAUCGGCCUAAGACGAGGGAGACGCAGGCGGCGUAUGAGGCGUUGCUCGGUGUGAUUCAGCAGCAGCUGGGGGGCCAGCCGCCGAGUGUAGUCUGCGGCGCGGCCGAUGAGGUUUUGGCUGUGUUGAAGAAUGAGAAGUUGAGGAAUUCCGAGAAGAAAUCGGAGAUUGAGAAGCUGUUGGAUGCUGUAUCGGAUUCGGUGUUUGAUGGUUUUGUGAGGAUUGGGGCUCGGAUUACUGAUUACGAAGAUGGGAGUGAUGGUGGUGUGGCGAAUGGGGAUGAAUGGCUUGAUGAUUUGGGGGUUUCGGUUGAGUUUGAAGAGAAUGAGGACAAUGAGGAGGGGAGUGCUUUUGAUUUGGUGCAGGAUGAUGAUGAGGAAGAGGAAGAGGAGGAUGGUGAUUUGGGGGAAAGAGCCGGGUCCGGGGCAAUGCAAUUCGGUGGGGGGAUUGAUGAUGUCGAAAUGCAGGAAGCGAAUGAAGGUGUGAGGCUUAAUGUGCAGGACAUUGAUGCUUAUUGGCUUCAGAGGAAGAUUUCGGAAGCUUUUUAUAAGCAGAUUGAUGCAGAGCAGUGCCAGAAGCUUGCUGAGGAGGUUCUUGGGAUACUACCCCAAGAUAAUGAUAUGGAUGUUGAAAAUAAGCUAGUGCAAUGCCUAGAUUAUAAGAAUUUCAACCUGAUCAAGUUUCUGUUGCUAAACCGGUUCAAGAUUUUCUGGUGCACCCGUUUGGCACGAGCUGAAGAUGUGGAUGAGAGGAAGAGAAUCGAGGAGGAGAUGUUGCAUGUGGGGCUGGCAUCGAUUGUUGACCAGUUGCAUGCCACAAGGGCUGGUGCAAAGGAGAGGCAACAGAAUUUGGAGAGGGGUAUUAGAGAAGAGGCUCGGAAGUUGAAGAACAGUGGUGGAGAUGGGGACAUGGCUAGGAGGGGACAUGUUGGUGAAGAUGGUUAUAAUGAUCGGUGGAAUAAUCAGUCUCAGCUGCUUGAUCUUGAAAGCCUUGUCCGUAGACAUUUGGAACCGAAGAGUUGCCUGGUUCCGGAUGGAUCUUCCAGAUUUCAUUCAAGAAAGGGAGUUGAAGAAGUUCAUGUGCCGGCAUUGAAGCCUAAACCGUUUGGUGCUGAUGAGAAACUUGUAAAAAUAUGUGAUAUGCCAGAAUGGGCUCGAUCAGCAUUCAAAGGAAUGACUCAGUUGAACAGGGUACAGAGUAAACUUUAUGAGACUGCUUUUCAGAAAGCAGACAAUAUUCUCUUAUGUGCUCCUACUGGGGCAGGGAAAACUAAUGUAGCUGUUCUCACUAUCCUCCAGCAGUUGGCACUUAACAUGAAUGAAGAUGGUUCAAUUAACCACAAUGCUUAUAAGAUUGUAUAUGUUGCUCCUAUGAAAGCUCUUGUUGCUGAAGUUGUUGGCAACUUAUCUAGUCGUUUGCAAGAGUAUGGUGUCACGGUGAGGGAGCUAAGUGGUGACCAGACACUGACUCGCCAUCAAAUUGAAGAGACUCAAAUCAUUGUCACCACUCCUGAGAAGUGGGAUAUCAUUACCAGAAAGUCAGGAGAUCGUACUUACACAGAACUCGUGAAGCUUCUAAUCAUUGAUGAAAUUCAUCUUCUCCAUGACAAUAGAGGUCCUGUUCUUGAAAGCAUCGUUGCUAGAACUCUGAGGCAGAUGAAGACCACUAGUGAUCAUAUUCGGUUGGUGGGAUUAUCUGCCACACUCCCUAACUAUGAAGAUGUAGCCAAGUUUCUACGUGUUGAUUUUGAUAAGGGCCUGUUUCAUUUUGACAAUAGUUACAGGCCUGUCCCUCUUUCUCAACAGUACGUUGGAAUCACAAUAAAGAAGCCAUUGCAGAGGUUUCAAUUGAUGAAUGAAAUCUGCUAUGAGAAGGUGAUGGCUGUAGCUGGAAAACACCAAGUUCUUAUAUUUGUCCACUCCAGGGCAGAAACAGCCAAGACUGCUCGUGCUUUACGAGAUACUGCACUUGCUAAUGACACCCUUGGUAAGUUUUUGAAAGAAGACAGUGCAAGCAGGGAAAUUCUUCACACUCAUACUGACUUGGUCCAAAGCAAUCAUCUCAAAGAUCUUUUACCAUAUGGUUUUGCUAUUCACCAUGCUGGGUUGAAUAGAGCUGACCGCCAGCUGGUUGAGGAUCUCUUUGCUGAUGGGCAUGUUCAAGUUCUGGUCUCAACUGCAACACUUGCUUGGGGUGUGAAUCUGCCAGCUCAUACUGUUAUAAUCAAAGGGACCCAGAUUUAUGAUUCAGAAAAGGGAGCAUGGACUGAACUAAGUCCUCUUGAUGUUAUGCAGAUGUUGGGUCGUGCAGGAAGACCUCAGUAUGAUUCAUAUGGAGAAGGGAUAAUCAUUACAGGGCACACUGAACUGCGGUACUAUCUUUCUAUGAUGAACCAACAAUUUCUUAUUGAAAGUCAAUUUGUGUCCAGAUUGGCAGAUCAGUUGAAUGCUGAAAUUGUUCUUGGAACUGUUCAAAAUGCUCAAGAAGCUUGUGAUUGGUUGGGAUACACUUACCUGUACAUUCGCAUGUCAAAGAAUCCCAUGCUCUAUGGUCUGGAAGCUAAUGUUCUCACCAGAGAUCCUAACCUGGAGGAGAGGCGAGCUGAUCUUAUCCAUUCUGCUGCAACCAUCUUGGAGAAGAACAAUUUGAUCAAGUAUGAUAGAAGAAGUGGAUAUUUCCAGUCCACGGACUUGGGUCGCAUUGCUAGCCAUUACUAUAUAACUCAUGGGACAAUAUCGACAUAUAAUGAGCAUUUGAAGCCAACUAUGAGGGAUAUUGAGCUUUAUCAAUUGUUCUCACUCAGUGAAGAAUUUAAGUAUGUCACUGUGCGGCAGGAUGAAAAGAUGGAACUAGUAAAACUAUUGGAACGUGUUCCCAUUCCGGUCAAGGAGAGCUUGGAAGAUCCCAGUUGCAAGAUUAACGUUCUGCUGCAAGCAUAUAUUUCACAGCUGAAGUUUGAAGGGUUCUCAUUGACUCAGGAUAUGGUUUACAUUACACAGAGUGCUGGGCGUCUUGUACGGGCUCUUUUCGAGGUCGCUUUGAAACGAGGAUGGGCUCAACUUGCAGACAAGACUUUGAACUUGUGUAAAAUGGUUAGCAAGAGGAUGUGGAGUGUCCAAAUACCACUUCACCAGUUCCAUGGAAUAACAAAAGAUAUUUUGGUGAAGUUGGAGAAGAAGAAUUUGGCCUGGGAAAGGUAUUAUGACCUCUCUUCACAGGAGCUAGGGGAGCUUAUAAAGAUGCCAAAGAUGGGUAGAACACUUCAUAAGUUCAUCCACCAGUUCCCCAAAUUAAACCUUGCAGCACAUGUGCAGCCAAUUACUCGAACUGUAUUGAGGGUUGAGCUUACUAUAACCCCUGACUUUCAAUGGGAGGACAAAGUUCAUGGCUACGUGGAGCCAUUUUGGGUACUCGUGGAGGAUAAUGAUGGGGAACAUAUUCUUCAUCAUGAAUAUUUUUUGCUGAAGAAGCAGUGUAUUGAUGAGGAUCAUACUUUGAACUUCACUGUUCAAAUUUACGAACCCCUCCCACCUCAUUACUUCAUUCGAGUUGUAUCUGAUAGGUGGCUUGGGUCGCAGACUGUUUUACCUGUUUCUUUCAGAUACCUCAUCUUACCUGAAAAGUAUCCUCCACCAACGGAGUUAUUGGACCUGCAACCACUUCCUGUGACCGCAUUAAGGAAUCCGCUCUAUGAAUCUUUGUAUCAAGAUUUCAAGCAGUUUAAUCCUGUCCAGACUCAGGUCUUCAAUGUUUUGUAUAAUUCUGAUGACAAUGCCUUGGUUGCUGCACCGACAGGGAGUGGGAAGACCAUAUGCGCGGAGUUUGCGGUAUUGAGGAAUCAUCAAAAGGCCUCUGAAAGUGGCAUGCGCGUUGUGUAUAUUGCCCCUGUUGAAGGUCUUGCCAAGGAAAGGCACACUGACUGGAAGAAGAAGUUUGGGCCAAAAGGUCUUAAUCUGCUUGUUGUUGAGUUAACAGGGGAAACAGCCACAGAUUUAAAGCUACUUGAAAAAGGUCAGAUUAUAAUCAGUACUCCAGAGAAAUGGGACGCUUUAUCUCGGCGAUGGAAACAGAGGUCGCAUGUUCAACAAGUUAGUCUUCUUAUUAUAGAUGAACUACACUUGAUUGGUGGUCAGGGUGGUCACACAUUGGAGGCAAUAGUCUCUAGGAUGAGAUGCAUGGCAAGUGAACUUGAGAACAAGAUUCGUAUUGUAGCGCUGUCAAGUUCGCUUGCAAAUGCCAACGAUCUUGGAGGAUGGAUAGGAGCUACCUCUCAUGGCCUUUUCAAUUUUCCUCCCGGUGUGCGCCCAGUGCCAGAAAUACACAUUCAGGGGGUUGAUAUAGCUAAUUAUGAAGCAAGAAUGCAAGCUAUGACAAAACCAACAUACACUGCAAUUGUUCAACAUGCCAAGAAUGGAAAACCGGCUCUUGUGUAUGUUCCUACAAGGAAACAUGUCCAACAAACAGCUCAGGAUCUGGUAAAUUACUCGAAUGCAGAAAGUGGUGGGAACACCUCAUUUCUGUUGCGGUCUCUAAACGAGAUAGAGCCUUUCCUUGAGAAGAUUAGCAGUGAUAAGUUGCGAGACUCUUUGCGGCAUGGAGUGGGAUUCUUGCACGAGGGGCUAACCACUGACGAUCAAGAGAUUGUGUCAUUACUUUUUGAAGCUGAGUAUAUUCAAUCGUGUGUCAUGAGCAGUUCAUUGUGUUGGGGAGUGCCAUUGUCAGCACAUUUGGUGGUUGUGAUGGGAACUCAAUAUUUUGAUGGCCGGGAAAAUCUUCACACUGAUUACCCAGUUCCUGAUCUCCUACAGAUGAUUGGUCAUGCCUGUCGCCCAAAGAAAGACAAUUCUGGAAAAUGUGUCAUCCUCUGCCAUGCUCCGCGUAAAGAAUACUACAAAAAGUUCUUAUACGAAGCAUUGCCUGUUGAAAGCCAUUUGCACCAUUACCUGCAUGACAAUAUAAAUGCAGAAGUUGUAGCUCAAGUAAUCGGAAACCAUGAAGGGGCUCUCAAUUACCUUACAUGGACUUUUUUCUACAGGAGACUCGCACAAAAUCCCAACUAUUAUAAUCUUCAGGGAGUUACACAUGCGCAUAUUUCUGAGUACCUUUCAGAGCUUGUUGAGAAUACACUGAGUGACCUGGAAACAAGCAAGUGUGUUGCUAUCGAGGACGGGGAUGUUUCUGCCUUGAAUCUUGGGAUAAUAGCUUCAUAUUAUUAUAUCAGCUAUUCUACAAUGGAGCGUUUCAGUUCUUCCUUAACUUCAACAACGAAGAUGAAGGGUCUUCUUGAGAUUCUAGCUCAUGCUUCAGAGUAUUCACAGCUUUCUGUACAACCUGGAGAGGAAGAGGUGAUUCGAAGGUUGAUUAACCAGCAGAGAUUUUCCUUUGAGAAUCCUAACUGCGCAGAUCCUCAUGUCAAAGCAAAUGCUCUUCUUCAGGCUCAUUUUGCAAGGCAUCGUGUGCUGGGGAACCUAUUAAUGGACCAGCGUGAGGUUCUCCUUUCUGCAAGUAGGUUGCUUCACGCAAUGGUUGAUGUCAUUGCCAGCAAUGGAUGGCUAAACCUUUCUCUUUUAGCAAUGGAAGUCAGCCAGAUGAUCACUCAGGGGAUGUGGGAUCGUGACUCGACACUUCUACAGCUUCCUCACUUCACAAGUGAGCUGGCAAAGAGAUGCCAAGAGUUUCCUGGGAAGAAUAUAGAGAGGGUAUCUUAUUUGGUAGACAUGGAGUUUGAUGAGAGGCGAGAACUACUUCAGGAGCUACUCCAGAUGUCAGAUAUACAACUGGAGGAUAUUGAGCAAUUUUGCAAACGAUUUCCCAGCAUUGAUAUGACAUUUAAGGUGAUGGAGAGCGAGAAUGUAAGAGCUGGGGAGGAAAUCACUUUGCAAGUUGAUAUGGACCGUGAACAGGUUGGUCCUGUUGAUGCACAGGUUGGUCCUGUUGAUGCACCGAGGUAUCCCAGGACAAAAGAAGAGGGGUGGUGGCUAGUAGUGGGAGAUACCAAGACUAACUCACUGCUUGCCAUCAAGAAAGUUCUGCCGCUACUAAAGAAGGCAAAGAUCCAGCUUAGAUUUUCGGCUCCUGCAGAAGCUGGAAAGAAGACAUAUACGCUGUAUUUCAUGUGUGAUUCAUAUUUGGGGUGUGAUGAAGAACAUAACUUCACUGUUGAUGUUAAAGAAGCAGCAAACCUUGGUGAAGACAUUGAGAUGGGAGAAUGAAAACUAUUUUAGCUUCUGUGAGUAUUUGCCUAUGGUUUUGAGAAACACCUUGAUUCCUAGGUUCAUACCAAUGAUUGAACACUAAUAAUUUUUCAGGGGAUGUUUUGGUGAAUAUUUGCAGUUUUUGUUAAUGCAAUUCUAGUCAUAUAUAAAUCUCUUGCAUGGUUUGCUUG